CGAUGCCCACCCCAGCCCUCAUGCUGAGCAGCCAGGUGCUCCCUGCCUUCCUGCUCUGCAGUACUCUGCUGGUCAUCAAGAUGUACGCAGUGGCUGUCAUCACCGGCCAAGUGCGGCUGUGGAAGAAGGCUUUUGAGAACCCCGAGGACGCCCUGCGGCACGGAGGCCCCCAGUACUGCCGGGAUGACCACGACGUGGAUCGCUGCCUCAGAACCCACCACAACUACAUGGAGACCAUCUAUCCGUUCUUGUUCCUGGGCCUGGUCUACUCCUUCCUGCAGCCCAACCCCGUCAUGGCGCGGCUGCACUUCCUGCUCGUCUUCCUGGGCCGCGUGGUGCACACGGUGGCCUACCUGAGCAAGUUGCAUGCGCCCAUCCGCUCCCUGGCCUACACGCUGGCCCAGCUGCCCUGCAUCUCCAUGGCCCUGCAGAUGGUCUGGGAGGUGGCCUGCCACCUGUGACCACCUGGCCCUUCGCGCCAGCCCGCUAGCCGCCAGCCCAGGGCUGCACAUGGGAACCAGGCGUCCCUUCGAGGUUGGGAUGGGCCCCAGGACCUGGCUUCCUGGCUUCCUGGCUGCCUGCUGAGCGUGGGUGCCUGGCCCGGCGGCCUGUGUGUGUCCCCCGGACUCCUGGGUGAAGUGGCCACUUGGAAUUGUUUGGAGGAGGCUGUCAAGAUGGAUAGACAGUUGCUCAGCGGUGUGGCUCAGUGCUUAAAAAUCAACCUCUGAACCAGGAGGUCACAGUUCGAUUCCCAGUCAGGGCACAUGCCAGGGUUAUUGGUUCGAUC